AUGCUAGGCUAUCUUCCCCUGUUCGCAACCCUGGCUUCCGCCGCAACCCUCUAUGCAACCCACUACAGUGGCUCUGUUUACACCCUCACCCUCAGCCAUCGCAAUGGCAAGUACGAUCUGUCUCUCGCGUCGGCCAAGACCACCUGCGGCGGCAUGCCGAGCUGGUUGACCCUGGACGGCGAAACGAGCACCCUCUACUGCACCGACGAGACCGGCGACGCGACGACCAAUGGCACUCUGAGCGCUUACGCCGUCGCAAAAAAUGGAUCGCUCACACAGCUCGCAAAGGUGGUGGAUGUCGGCGGUGGAGUCCACAGCGUCGUGUACGAAGGAGACGACGAUGCAAAGUACUUGGCCAUUGCGCACUACUCCGGUUCGGCGGUAUCGACCUUUGCCCUCCCCCUCAAAGCCGGCGACAAGCCCCGGCAGGUCCUGCGGUACCAGAUACCACCAGGUCCCCGUCCGCAGCAGGACUCCUCCCACCCCCACCAGAUCAUCCUCGACCCCACAGGCUCGUUCAUCCUCGUCCCUGACCUAGGCGCGGAUUUGGUUCGCGUGUACGCCAUCGACAAGCAAUCGGGCAAACUAAACACCUGCCCCAGCCUCAACUACGCCCCUGGCAGUGGACCGCGACACGGCCUCUUCUGGUCUUCUCGCCACUCGCAUCGCAAUGGUCUGCGCAACCAGAACACUGCCGCCAUAAACGGGCCAGCGACAAUGCUGUACACUCUCAGUGAAUUGAGCCGCCACUUUCACGCUUUUGCCGUAUCGUACCUCCCCUCUGGCUGUCUUGGCUUCCACGAGACUGAAGACUUUGUGCCAUACCCGGGCGGGAAAAUCCCCGAGGGCGCGUCGCUGGCCGAGCUGCAGCAAGCCGGAUCAAACCUGUAUGCCUCGAUCCGCAGCGACCAUGCCUUCUCCGGCAAUGAUUCAUUGGCCACCCUCGCCCGCUCUAAGAACGGCACCGUGACCUUCCAGGAACUCACCUCUGCCCAUGGCCUGGUACCCCGUACCUUUGUCAUCAACAAGGCCGGCACCCUCGUCGCUAUCGGGGACCAGUCCACGUCCAACGUUGCCAUUGUCUCCCGGGAUCCGGCGAGUGGAAAGCUGGGUGACCUGGUCGCCAACAUUCAGGUCGGAAAGCCCGGAAAGCCUGGGACUUCAACAGGCCUGAGCAGCGUCAUCUGGGCAGAGUAA